GUCCAUCACUUCCUCAAUCGCAGAUUUGCGUACCAGGCUUCCAGCGCCGUCCAACACUUCCGAGUUCCGAGAAACCAAUUCGCGUUACGGCGCCGUCCAACACUUCCGAGAAACCAAUUCGAGUUACGGCAGAUUUGCAGACGCAGUCCAACAGAUUACUUCAAGCGCCGUCGCUUAGGAAUUUUCCAAACGCAGACACAGAUUACUUCGGCCUAUUGAAUUCGCAGACGCAGUCCAACUGAUUACUUCGGCCUAUUGGUUUCUUCUUCAAGCGCAAUCUGCCUAUUAACCUUAGUAUUCAAGCGCCGUCCAACACUUCCGAGAAACCAAUUCGGCCUAUUGGUUUCUUCUUCAAGCACAGAAGUUAGUGACGAGAAUCUUCAAUUUUUCUCCAAGAUUGAAGCAUCUAACCCAAGAAGUGGCCUCGUGGUUUGUUGCUAUAUGGUCCACCUGGUACUGGUAAGACAAGUUUGGUUCGAGCUGUUGUUCAAGAAUGUGGAGCGCAUUUGACUGUUGUUAGCCCACACAGUGUUCACAGUGCAUAUGCUGGAGAAAGCGAGAAAAUUUUGCGGGAAACAUUUGCAAAAGCAUCAUCUCAAGCAAAGCUUGGGAAACCAUCAGUUAUCUUCAUAGAUGAAAUUGAUGUGCUUUGCCCUCGUCGUGUUUCUAGAAGGGAACAAGAUGUUCGUAUAGCGUCUCAACUAUUUAUGUUGAUGGACUCCAAUAAGUCAUUUUCAGCAUCUGGAGUACAUGUAGUAGUUGUAGCAGCAACUAAUAGAGUGGAUUCAAUCGAUCCGGCUCUGAGAAGGUCUGGGCGUUUUGAUGCUGAGAUUGAAGUCACAACCCCUAAUGAAGAUGAACGCUUUCAUAUCCUCAAUCUUUACACAAAGAAGCUUCCAUUGGAACCCAAUGUUGACCUGCGGACGAUUGCCGCUUCUUGCAAUGGUUAUGUUGGUGCAGAUUUGGAAGCUUUAUGCCGCGAAGCUUUUAUGUCUGCAUUUAGGCAAUCGUCAAAAUCAAAUCAAAUAGAUGGCUCUUGGAACAUAACAAUGGAUGACUGGAGGCAUGCUAGGUCUGUUGUUGGUCCUAGUAUAACAAGAGGUGUAGUUGUGGAAGUUCCAAAGGUUUCAUGGGAGGAUAUUGGAGGACUUAAAGACAUAAAGAAAAAGAUCCAACAAGCUGUUGAGUGGCCAUUAAGGCAUUCUGAAGCAUUUGCUCGGUUGGGAGUAUCACCUCUUUGUGGGAUCCUUCUUCAUGGACCUCCGGGGUGCUCUAAAACAACACUUGUAAAAGCUGCUGCUCAUGCUGCACAGGCUUCCUUUUUUUCCUUGAGUGGGGCAGAGUUGUAUUCGAUGUAUGUCGGUGAAGGCGAGGCUUUGUUACGCAAUACAUUUUGAAGAGCUCGACUUGCGGCACCAAGCAUAAUUUUCUUUGAUGAAGCAGAUGUUGUCGCUGCCAAACGUGGGGGAAGUUCUAGUGGAAGUAGUGUUGUUGGGGAGAGACUUCUGUCUACUCUUCUGACUGAGAUGGAUGGCCUGGAGCAAAUUAAGGGGAUUCUUGUUUUGGCUGCAACAAAUCGCCCUCAGGCAAUUGAUGCUGCACUUAUGCGACCAGGACGUUUUGACCUGGUUCUUUAUGUGCCACCGCCAGAUUUGGAAGCUCGGUAUGAGAUCCUCCGUGUGCAUACACGGGGCAUGAAACUAGAUGCCUGCGUCGAUCUCAGACAACUAGCUGAAAGCACAGACCUCUUCACAGGGGCAGAAUUGGAAGGAUUGUGCAGAGAAGCCGGAAUCGUGGCUUUAAGAGAAGACAUUUCAGCGACAGUUGUGUGCGUUCGACACUUCCAAACGGUCCUGCAGUCCCUAACGCUGGCGCUCACUUGGGAAGUCAUUGAAUCGUAUUCCUCCUUUACGAAGAAGAAGUGAAGAGCCCCCUCUGUUCGGAGCAUUUAACUUAAGAGUAAGCUCUUCAGGAAAGCUUUUGGCAAGUUAUUAGUUGUGCUUAGAGCUCAAAAUAAGCUCUUAAGUUGUUGGUUGUAAUGUUUUUUGGAAAUUAGAUGGUCAUUAUAGUUAUUUAUCUCCGAAAAUAUUCUCUGUCCCUAUUCCAUUCUUUAUAGUUACUCUACUAUUCGUGGGGUUCAUAUGGAGUGAUUGCUUACACCAUUACACGGCUUCAAAGUCUACAUUAAAAUGUGUACCUUCUUAUAUUUUUCAUAAACUUGCAUGUGAAUA